AUGGCUUCUCAUCAUAUCCAAUAUUUCAUUGUUAUUCUUAUGGCUAUAUUUCUCACAAUUCAUUCCCAUGAAGAACUAACUCCUGAUUUUUACAAUGAUGUUUGUCCCCAAGCAUUGCCAAUUAUUCACUCAAUUGUUCUCCAAAAACUUAACAUGAAACCACGCAUGGGAGCACAUUUACUACGCUUGCAUUUCCAUGACUGUUUUGUCAAUGGCUGUGAUGGAUCGGUUCUGCUGGAUGAUACCCCUAACUUGAUAGGUGAAAAGAAUGCCAUCCCAAACAUUGAUUCCCUUAAAGGAUUUAUGUUGGUUGAUAUAAUGAAAGCAGCUAUUGACAAAGCUUGCAAAAGUACUGUUGUAUCAUGUGCAGAUAUAUUAGCCAUUGCUGCUCGUGAUUCCGUCUCCAUUUUGGGAGGUCCACGCUAUUGGUACCAAGUGCUGCUAGGAAGAAGAGAUGCAAGAGAUGCUAUAAAGAAAGAUGCAGACUUUUAUCUUCCUUCACAGCUUUUCAAUUUCUCUCAACUUCUCUCUAAUUUUGAGCUUCAAGGCCUAAACCUUAAAGAUCUCGUAGCACUCUCCGGUGCUCAUACAAUUGGAAUGGCUAAAUGUUCUAGUUUUAGGGAAAGGAUCUACAAUGACACAAACAUAGAUCCCCAUUUCGCCAUUUCCAUGCAAGAAAACUGCCCUAGAAAAGGCUGUGAUGACAAUUUUGAAGCAUUUGAUCAUGUCACUCCUAAUAAGUUUGACGAUUCUUAUUACAAAAAUUUGAUUAAUAAAAAAGGUUUACUACAUUCUGAUCAAGAACUCUAUAAAGGUGAUGGUAGUGAAAGUGAUAGAUUGGUGAGACGUUAUAGCAGAAACCCACAUGCUUUUGCUAGAGACUUUAAAGCUUCUAUGAUUAAGAUGGGUAAUAUAAAGCCUCUUACUGGAAUAUAUGGAGAGAUUAGAACAGAUUGUAGCAAAGUUAACUCAUAA